AUGACAGAAACAGAGAAGAUUACGACUAGUGAAGGGAAAGGUAAGAAGAUUGUGAGGGUGUCUGAAAUCUCAACAUCCUCGCCUCUUUACUUGCAUCCGUCCGAAGGACCUGGUAGCUUGAUUACCAUGGUGCAAUUGAAAGGGGAUAACUAUGAAGAUUGGUCUAAGCAUGUGCGGAAUGCCUUGCGUACUAAACGAAAGUUGGGUUUUAUCGAUGGGACUUUGGAGAAACCGGUUGUGGCUGAAGAAAUUGAGCAGUGGGAGGUUGUUAAUUCAAUGAUAGUGGCAUGGCUGAUGAAUACGGUCGAGCCGACGUUGAGAACGAUGAUUUCGAUUGUGCAUGAUUCACACAUAUUAUGGGAAGACUUGAGGUUGCAGUUCUCGGUUGGGAAUGGACCGAGAAAGAUAUGGGAUGAUCUAGCGGUUUACAAGCCUUUGAAGUCGUGUUCGUGUGGUGAGCUUGCUGCACAACUUGAACAAGAAAGAGAUGAAGAACGCACACGUCAAUUUUUGAUGGGCUUAGAUGAUCGAGUGGUGCGAGAUGAAAGGCAACAAGGUAUCACUCGCAACAAGGAAGAUCGUGUAGAUGCGGUUGGCUUCGCUGUUCAAAGUGGGAACAAAGGCAAAACAGGGGAGUUUCAAUACCGUGAAAAGGAUGUUACAUGUACACAUUGCGGUAAAUACGGUCAUGCUAUCUCCGACUGUUUUCAGAUCAAAGAAUAUCCAGACUGGUGGGAUGAACGUGGUAGAAACUAUGGAGAAGGAAGAGGAGAUGGAAACAGAGGAGGUCGAGGACUUUUUGGGCGAGGGGGAGGAAUGGUUGGAAGCUUUGGUCGAGGGAGAGGUUCGCAUCUCGCUCGCGCGAACGUGGCUCAGACUCAUCUUGCGGAGGUUGGGACCGCAAAUUCAGCACUCGCUCAGCCUAUUGCGAACUCGGCAGCAACUGCUCGUAAAGAGCUCGAUCGAGCUUCUCUCCCACAACUUAAUGACGAGCAGAUUACAUUUUUGAUCCGUUUUCUGAAUCAACAGAAAACAGCACCUUCUGCAUCCAAACUUUCUGGUAAGACGGAUAUGAUCAUAGACUCUGGUGCGUCACACCAUAUGACUUUGAAUAUUGAUCUUUUGAGUGAUGUUCAAACGAUAUUGCCAUGUGCUAUUCGUCUUCCCGGUGGGGAUCGAGCUAUGGCUGAAAAACAGGGGUGGAUGUGUUUAGGUGGCGACAUACGGUUGAAUGGAGUUUUGUAUUCUCCAGAUUUGACGUGUUCUCUUAUUUCUGUUGCCAAAUUACUUAAAACAACUAAAGUUUCCGUUACUUUUACUGAGGAAGUGUGUGUUUUGCAGGACCGUACUUUGAAGAUAAUUGGUGCGGGUGAAGAGUGUGAUGGGGUCUACAAGUUCAGAGGGAUUCUUGGCGGACAAGCAAACAAAACAACAAGCAGUGAUCAACGUGAGUUGUGGCAUAGACGUCUUGGACAUCCUUCUGAUCGUGUUUUGUCUUAUUUAUCUAGUAUUUGUGGUGUUGGGAAAACUGUUGACACCGACGGGGCUUUUUUGCCGGUGAAAUUUUGGGGAGAAUGUGUGCUUUCUGCAAGUCAUCUUAUCAACAGAACUCCCACAUCGUUAUUGCAGGGUAAAACUUCUUAUGAGAUGUUAUAUGGCAAGCCACCCUCAUUUGACAGUUUGAAGGUGUUUGGAUGUUUGGCUUAUGCACCCAAGCUUUCUCGGGAUAAGGAUAAAUUUGGGGAAAGGAGUCGCAAAUGUGUCUUCUUGGGCUAUCCGUAUGGGAAAAAAGGCUGGACUAUGUAUGAUUUAGAGAAGAAUGAUUUUUUUGUUUCUCGUGAUGUGCAGUUUCAUGAGAUGGUGAUUCCUUUUGCCAUAAUGUCUACUACCGUAAGUGACAUUGUCCCAUAUCUUUCAGCUCCGUUGUUGCUUUCUGAUGAUGAUUUCCGACCAACACCACAGGAGUUAGUGGAAGCAGGGGAACGAGUGUCGCUUACUGGUGUCAACUCAUUGCCCUCCGUUAAACAUAGCGACGGUUCUCCCCGUACCGUGCCUGACGACAGGGGGAGCGUUGAUGCUGCGACUCCGGUUUUGACACAAGAACAGGUUGCUGAACCACAGAUUGAACAGCUUGGACGGGGUCAUAGACAGAAAAUGCCAUCCAAGCGUUUGCAGGGAUAUGAGGUUUCAUAUCAUUCACUGACCAACGACCUUGCCCCAUCACCCUCUUCUGUCCCCGCCACAUCUUCUAGCUCAGCCGCUAUCUCGGCUGAAAUCGAACCUGAUACAUAUGAAGAGGCAAUGCAACUCCAAGUGUGGAGAGAUGCUGUUAAGUUUGAGGUUGAUGCUUUAGAGGACCAACAUACAUGGGAUGUCGGAGACUUACCGCCGGGAAAAACAGCUAUUGGUUGCCGCUUUGUAUUUAAAAUUAAAUACAAUUCGGAUGGUACAAUUGAGCGUCAUAAAGCCCGUUUGGUGGUUAUGGGAAAUCAACAAAAAGAAGGGAAUGAUUAUAAAGAGACUUUUGCACCAGUUGUCAAGUUAACCACCGUAAGAAUGGUUCUCAAAGUAGCUGCUGUUAAGAACUGGAUUGUGCAUCAGAUGGACGUUCAUAAUGCUUUUCUCCAUGGGGAUUUAGAAGAAGAAGUUUACAUGAAACUUCCACCAGGUUUCAAAGCCUCGGGUCCAAAUCAAGUUUGUAAGCUUCGCAAGUCGCUAUACGGUUUGAAGCAGGCACCUCGGUGCUGGUUCUCCAAGCUUACCAAUGCUCUACUUGCAUACGGUUUUUCACAGUCUUAUGCGGAUUACUCACUGUUUGCUCUAACACGCGGGAAGAUGUGUCUUUAUGUGAUUGUAUAUGUCGAUGAUCUUCUUAUCGGUGGCAAUGACGCAGACGCCAUUUGCCGUUUUAAGGGGUAUCUUAAUCAAUGCUUUCAUAUAAAAGAUUUGGGUUCUCUUAAGUAUUUUUUGGGGGUUGAAGUGGCUCGGUCAUCUAAGAGCAUUUACUUGUCUCAGUGGAAAUAUGUAUUGGACAUCAUCAAUGAAUGUGGUUUGUUAGGUGGGAGACCUACGGUUGGUGUAUCUGACAAUUACUCGGCCAGAGCUCAUGUACACGGUCCAUGUGCUUUCUCGGUUCUUGCACCAACCUCGGCUGCGCUGCGUGUUGUUCGUUACCUCAAGAACAAUCCCAGUCAAGGGAUUUUAUACACUGCAAUGACUAAGAAACAGAGUGUUGUGUCUCAAUCUUCUGCAGAAGCCGAGUACAGGGCUAUGGCUUUCACGGCUCCCGAGCUCACUUGGAUACGUGGUCUACUUGCUGAUUUCGGUGUAUCUUCGAGAGAACCUUUUAGCCUCUAUUGUGACAACAAAGCUGCUCUUCAUAUUGCGGCUAAUCCUAUCUUUCAUGAGCGAACAAAAACACAUUGA